GCGGCGCACGUCGCCGGGGGUGGACGUGUGUGGUAUACGCUGCCAAUUGUGAAGCAAGUUGUUAUCCAUUAAGGUGUGAUGAAAAAGCCAUUAGCACAAAUUAUCUGACUAAAUAAUAGGUCAUUGAUAAUCAUUUGAAAUUGUAUACAGAAAAGAUUCGUCAUCAGUGUUUAUCAACAUUUUUAAUGUGAAAUGAAAUUACAGUGAUAAGUGUUGACAGAAGUGCGUUGAAACCUAACCGUCAAGGAUCUUAUCAGUGUCAGGAGUAAAAUGAAAUGAUACUGACAGUUUCUUCCCAUUAUCUGAAGUUUUUCUCGGUCACGUGCUUAGCAACACCGAAGAAAUAAGGUUGUAAGUUUAGAACAAAUAAUUUUCCCAAUUGUACCAAAGACAGGGUAUCGUAUGCCAAAUGUACUAAACACCGGCAAGAUCGUCUUCCAAGUGCACUCAACAGCCAAGAUCGUCUGCAAGUGUAAGAGGUACAGGCAAGAUCAUCUGCCCAAGUGUAUCAAAGAGGUAGAGUGGUGUGGCAAGUGUAGUGAACACCCACAAGAUGUGGCUGACGGUGUGGCUGGUGCUGGCGCUGGUCUCCGCACAGGACACACAACCCAACAAGGUGACGACAGCUCACCUCAGGAUCUUGGACAGUCUACUGAGGAACUACGACCGCAGAGCCACGCCCACCAACCACAAGAACGAGCCGACCAACGUCACAUGUGAGCUGUACAUUCGAAGCUUUGGAUCCAUCAACCCGACUACCAUGGACUACCAGGUGGACCUGUACCUGCGCCAGGAGUGGGAGGACGAGCGCCUCCGCCACCCGGACAUCACCAACCCACUCGACCUCAAUGACCCCAACCUGGUGAAGGCCAUCUGGAAGCCCGAGGUGUACUUCCCCAACGCCAAGCUGGCCGAGUUCCAGUUCGUCACCGUGCCCAACGUCCUGGUCAGGAUCAACCCCAACGGUCACAUCCUCUACAUGCUCAGGUUGAAGUUGACAUUUGCCUGCAUGAUGGAGCUGUCUCGCUUUCCUCUCGACGUUCAGGUGUGCACUAUGGAGAUCGGCUCUUUUUCCAAGACGACGCAGGAGCUGAACUUGUCGUGGAAGCUGGGCGACCCUAUCAAGAUCUACCGAGGCCUCAAGAUGCCGCAGUUCAACAUCAUAGACAAUGAGACAGAUCGAUGCCACGAAGACUUCCAGAUCGGUAACUACAGCUGCCUGCGAGCCCUCAUCACCCUGGAGAGGAACAUCGGGUUCCACCUGGUGCAGAGUUACCUGCCCAGCAUCCUCAUCGUCGUCAUCUCCUGGAUGGGCUUCUGGAUGGAUACCGACUCCGUGCCCGCCCGCACCUGUCUAGGCGUCACCACGCUCCUCACAGUCUCCAACCAGGCCUCGGAGACGCAGCUGAAAAUUCCACAAGUCUCUUAUAUCAAGGCGCUGGACAUCUGGAUGGGUGUGUGCACGGCGUUCAUCUUCGCGGCGCUGCUGGAGUUCACGGUGGUGAACUACUACUGGCGCAAGAAGCUCAGCACCGCCUGCCACAACCCCUGCCGCUCCAAGACCACCUCCGACAGCUGGAUGGAGCUCAUGCCGCAGAACGGCCGCGGAGGUGACCAGGCGUCACAGGCCUCUCCGGCAGCAGACGUGGCCGAGUUCUCCAUCAGCCAGGCCGACACCCGCCGCUACCGCCUCCUCGCCUGCAGGAUCGACGAACUCUCUCGCUACCUCUUCCCAGCCGCCUUCCUCGUCUUCAACGUCGCCUACUGGUGUUACUACAUGUCUCAUCGCCACUAGACUCCACGUAGCUUAUUGGUGGUACUGCCAGCCUCGCCGACGGUAGUCCCGUCGGCGGUGGGCCAAGGUGUACCCUACACCUUGGCCCACCUGCAGCAGACCAUCUAGUGGGCUCCUGCAGGUGCUGCAACAUUGCCCACCACUCAGCUGUCACCAUAUCUUCGUGUGCCGCUUCACCUUAUAAUCCCGUAUGUGCUCCUAUAGCUCAGAUCAACAGUGUCAUGGUUACACCACACGAGUCUCUGAUAAACCUAUACCAAGCAUCAAACGCCGCCAUCUGUAGCACAAUCAGUACUCGCUUCGGCAGUACAUAUACUAAAAAAAAUUGUAGCACAAUCAUCAUGUACCUCAUCAAUCAUUUGGGCGAAAUCUUCGUGACAGACAAGCUCGUCU